AUGGAGGUGCUGGGAACGAUUGUCAACGCUGUGCAGAUUUUCGAGACAUGCGUCAGCACAUAUAAAUUCAUCUGCCUUGCAAACAACGUGGGCAAGGAUGGCGAUCAGAUCGUAUCGCGACUGCAGUGGCAAUAUUAUCGGCUCAUACAAUGGGGGGAGAAAUCGGGGAUUGAAUCCAACCCUUCAAGUCGGCUGAACUGGGAGGUCGCCAGGAGCUUGCUGGAAGAGCAGCAAGAGUUGCUAACCUCUGCCGAAAAGCUCAAAUCCAAAUAUAAUCUCGACAUUGCUGACGAUGAGGGUUCAGCUACGCUGAAGCCAGAAGAGAAGCCCUUCGAGACUUCCUCUAGCUUGACCAGGUUUCUUCGCCAUUUGACCAAUUCAGAGUCAGGUAGCCCGCGAGCUAGGGCCAUUCAAAGCCAUAAUAGCCCCAUUCGACGACUUCGCUGGGCCAGUACGGGGAAAGAAAAGACAGACCGUGUGGUUAGCGAUAUCGCAGAGUUGAAUGACCGUCUGGACUACCUGUUAGAUUCAGCUGACCGCGAGAGACUCCAUGCUGCAUCAGACUCAUUGCUCAGAGACCUCAUCACACACUGUAGCAACCCUAGCGAGGUGAACACCAUCAGUACGCUCCUGAAUCCUUCAACCUCGGACUCGAGCCUCGCUGCGGCCGCGUCUUUGCGACAGAUUCGCCUGCUACUAGCGCCAUCCAAGGGCUCUAAACAGAAAUCCGAGCCGCGAGGUGCUCCUCUUCAAAUCCUUGAACUUCGGCCGCGACGUCUUACUCCUCAGUACUCGGACCACUCCUUAAAAUACGCGGGAAUCGAGGCCGCGCUUUACAACGGACAGAAAGUCAUUGUAGAAUGGAAAUACGCUGGAGAUCCAGGCUGGGACCAACUCGCUAAAUAUGUCCGCCGACUAGCGCUGUUACUGAGUAGAAUGAAUGAUCCGUCGUUUCAUACUCUGCCGUGGCAUGGUCUAUUGCCGUGGCGUGAAAGGUCACUAUUUGGUUUUGUGUACAGAUAUCCAGUUCAAACAGAGGGGCUCAAAGGCUCUUUCCGGUACGAGUCUUUGCAUAAGGUGAUUCAAUAUUCCUCGAUUGCCCCGUUAAACCGCCGUGUGAAGAUCGGCAUGGAUAUGGCGGAGACGGUGCUCCAACUACACACAGCCGGCUGGCUACACAAGGGGAUUCGGUCCGAAAAUAUCAUUGCAUUCUUCGCUCAGGACGAAGUUCUCCCAGAAAAAGCUCAUCUCGUUGGGUUCGAAUACGCCAGGCCUGAUUCUGAAGAUGGUUCAGCCAUAACUCAACUUCCCUCUGGCUCCCCCAGCGCAGAUCUAUACCGACAUCCGAAGGCGCGGGGCACUCGUCGGAAAUCAUACCGCAAGUCAUUUGAUCUCUAUGGAUUGGGCUGUAUCCUUCUUGAACUCGCGCUCUGGAGGCCAUUGGAUCAGAUCCUUGCCGAGGCCUACCCUGCCACUGGUGAAGAUAAAGACCACCCCGAUGGGAUUCCCACAGACGAGUCUCGAGCGCCGUCGCUGCUGUCAUUCCAGACAUGCCUGCCAUUGCAGCUGCUCAUCAUGCAUCAGGCUGGUAGCGUAUUCUGCGAUACCAUCGCCCUUUGCUUUGAAGACCAUGCGUUCGAUGAAGAUGGGCUGGAAAGACAAAAAGCAGUUCUGGAGAAACUGGGAACGAUUCAUAUAUAG